CCCCCCCUGUUACUACUGGGAGGGAAGCACUUAUUCUGGACUCACACCGAGAGCAGAGGAGCUAGGACUUGCUGGGGGGACUUUGCGAUGAUCUGAGCUGCAUAAAUUCAAAGCAGAAACAAACGACUAAAGAAAACCUCAUGUCAGGAAUGGGUUAAUGAUCUCUGUCCAUUAUGCUGAGAUGGAAGAAUUGAUCAUCUGUAGCUACAUCAUGUUUCCGCACAGACAAGAAGAUCUGUAGAUAACUUUGAGCUGGUGCUUCUCUCCUGGAUCUCUUUUGGAAGUUGCUGAGAGAUUGGCAACCAACAUGCCCGCUUUUUCCACAAGGCGGUUUCCCAUGCCAACUCUCUUUCAUUCAAAACCCUUCUACCUCCUCUUGAUUCUUUGUGCUUGUGUGGCAGCUUGGCCACAUGGAGACAGCUGCCCGAGCUCUGAGUGGAGCGCAAUGUGUCGUCCGUGUUGCGAGUACCACCUGAUCCAGUGUCGCUGUCCCUCCAAAGGGUCAAGGGUGGGCUACACUGUUCCCUGCUGCCGCAAUGCUCUGGAUCAGUGUGACCCCUGCAUCUUUCAUCCAGGCUGCAGUCUGUUUGAAAACUGUAAAACAUGCAACAAUGGCACAUGGAGAGCCAAUGAUGACUUCUUUGUCAAUGGAAAGUUUUGUACCGAGUGUCGCCAGGGCUGGAGUGGAGGCGACUGUAAAACGUGUGGAGGAGUCGUUCAGCGGACUCAGGGUCACAUCGCCCUGGAGAGUUACCCGACUAACGCCCGAUGUGAGUGGAUAGUGCAGGUGGAGAGGGGCAGCAGCAUCCAGCUGAGGUUCGCACAGCUCAGUCUGGAGUCCGACCAUAACUGUCGUUAUGACUACGUCGAGGUGCGUGACGGAGACAAUCUGAACUCUCCUGUGAUUGGCCGGUUUUGCGGGGAUCGGCUGCCUCCUCCAAUGAAGAGCUCUGGGAACUUCUUGCACAUUCUGUUCUCCUCGGAUGGCUACAACAACUUUGACGGAUUUGUUCUCACUUUUCAGGAGAGUUCAGUGUCAGCUGUCAAGAAUCCAUUUUGUACACCACCUGAGAGACCGCUGAAUGGGUACCUGCUGCCUGUGUAUAGCCUAAAGGAGCAGCUAGUAUCAGUAAACUAUCGCUGUCAUUCACCUUUCACACUGAUCGGCUCCCAGCAGAGGAUCUGUCUGCCCAACAGCACAUGGAGCGGCACAGCUCCCACAUGUGUAGAAGCCCACACAAGCAGAAUCCAGUGCUCCCCACCACCCAAAUUGCUCAACGGCUACCACAGAUCUACUCCUAACACAGCUGGAGGUGCAGAGACCAUUGAGUUUUUCUGCAAAAAGUCUUACAUUCUGAGUGGGAACCACCAGAGUUUCUGCCACACGAAUGGAUCCUGGAGUACCAGGCCACCCAAGUGUGUAAAAGUCCCUACAGCAUGUCGAGAGCCCAAAGUGUCCGAACUUGUGCGCCAAAAUGUUGUGAAGCCACGUCAGCGAUCAAGGUACAGCAUGGACGAUUUGUUAUCAGCCGGUUUCAUUCCGCUGAAGUUUGAUAAACACUUAAAAGAGGAGGACUCGGUGGAUCUGCCUCGUGGAUUUCACCCCGUCUACACCAGCAUUGAGUACAAGUGUGCCUCCCCGCUCUUCAGGCACACAGGAAGCUCCCGACGCACCUGUCUGAAGACGGGAAGGUGGAGUGGAAGCCAUGUUUCCUGCUCACCAGUUUGUGGCAAAGUCAACGCUUCCAACGCACACAACCUCACAGACACUCAGUGGCCGUGGCAUGCAGCCGUCUAUAUCCGCUCGCCUCCUGAUCACACAGCCAGCACCCACACGCCCCGUGGAAAAACCGUGUCCAUCCAGCAGGGGGCCUCAGAGGAGUCCACAUUCUGGUCUCUGGCCUGCAGCGGGGCUCUGCUCACACAGCGAAGCGUCCUGGUGGCAGCUCAGUGUGUGGUAAACAAGGACAAGCUGCAGACCCUUCACCCGGCACAUGUGAAGGUUGUCGUUGGCGUGCAGCACCAGGGGUCCUCCAAUCGUUUGAAGGGCCUGCACCACCUCAGGGUUUCAGACAUUUUAGUUCAUCCAAAUUUCGACUCUGUAUCUGCCGCUGACGUGGCUGUUCUCAAGCUAAGAGACAAGGUCAGGAUCAGUGAGCGUGUGCUGCCAGUUUGUCUGCCCAUAGUUCAAGGGGGAGAGGUGACGGCGCAGGAGGCUUACACAGCGAGGUGGAUUUCACCAAACGAUGGCACGCACCUGACCCGAUACACUCCCAAGAGCCAGACCCGACUUGUCCAGUUGGGUGAUGUUGCACAAUGCGAGGGAGCAUUUGUUCAAGGAGGAGCACACACUACGAUGAUAAAUGAUAACAAACUGUGUGUCAUAUGGAAGCCGUCCAGUCCUCAGACUCCUUGUCCCGGUGUUAUUCCAGGCAUCACAGUCACUCCAGCUGUGUUUUCAACAACAGGAGGUGAUUUAUUUGAGCAUGAGGAGACUCUGGGAUCGUCCAGUACAGACUGGCAGCUUCUCAGUUUAGAGAGUGUCAACAAUGAUAAAAGACACUGCAACCAUCAGAUUUACACAGCUCAGACACGAAUAGCAAACCUUUUGGACUGGAUAGAGGAGAACAUGAAGUAGAUUCGUUAUUUUCUCAGUCUUUAAUGAAAAAUGUACUUUCAGCAAACUCUUAAUUGGUCAUUUAUUUCCACUUUUGUAACUCCCACAGUUGGAGGAAAAAGUGAAGAUGUCAGCUGUAUCAAUAUCAUGUGAUGUUAGAACUGGCACUCGACCUGUAUCUCUCUUAUGUGUGCAUGUUGUUCUUCUUCUGUGUUUGAGCCACCUCCACUUUAAACAAACUCAACGUAGCUGCUUAAAAACUCCACACCCACAUACUCUUAUUCUUUGGCUGUAGCCUCCUGUCUCUGGAGUGUUCUUUUAAAGGAUAAAAUUGAAGAUUGUUUAUCAAAAAAUAAAGUGACCCUCCACAUGCUAUAUUUCU